AUGUGCCUGGAUCCCAGCUUUACGACGGACACCAAAGCUGACGGUUUUAUAAUAGACAUCAGCAAAGAUUUAAGAAUCACGCUGAUGGAUGAGUAUACGAACGAAAAGAAGCCAGACGACGGGGAGUUUUACUACAAGAUUCGUCAAUUCCAAGGGGCUCUCGGGCCCAAAAAUCCAUAUUUCGAAAUGCGAUGGUGGGCUCGACUUGCGUCCAUCGCGGAUACGAAAAACAAAAAACAAAGAUUGCAGCAAUUGUUGGGCCACGCUCAGUUUGGGCCAGCUUUCGAUGCUUUCCUGAAAAUCCCGGCCCUAUACGGGGGCAUGCGCCUUGGCAUGGUCAACAAAAUGAUUUGUCUCAAGUGCCACGACCUUCUUUUGAACUUCUUGAAUCGAAUGAAGGAUUUUUACUUUUUCGUAUUCGACAAUGAUGAAAACAAAAUGAGAAAGGUUACCAGAGCAGAUAUAGCAGCGCUGCAAUUAACUGCCCCUGGCGCAUUUACAUCGGAGGCGGUCGCUCUCCGCGGCCGCGUUGAAGGCGGCGAUGUUUUUCAAGCAUUUAAUUCCGACGAGAGGAAGGAAAUUUGGUCCAGGAUUUGCUCGAAAACCAAAAAUUCCUUGGUGCCGUCGCUUUUCCAAUUUUUCGAGAAUCUGAAGUAUUUGAAGGGUCCUGCCGACUGCAUGAAAAUGCUAAUCAACCCUAAACGGAGAGAUACCAUCCAAUCGGCACUGGAGGAUGCUUUUAGUGGGUUUGAUAAUCCGACCGACGCAUGUGCGGUGCAGAUAGGGCGCCACAAGUUCAAAUAUGCUCGAGUGGAUCCCGACGAUCGGUUCAGUAUUCUGUACCGACAGUUAUGGCUCUUUGCCUUCCGCGAAGGGAUGGGCAUGGAAAAAAAAGCGAAAAAGCGACUGGCAGGGCCCCGUGUCGAACAUGCAAACGAGGGGGUUCUUUUUGAAUUCGCAGCGAUGGCAAACAUGUUUGGGUUCAGUAACGACCAAAUCAAAGCACUAAUGCAGCAAGACCCAGAUGAAAGCAUGGCCCGACGCUUGCUUGACACGGCGAGGGACCCAGCAAUAUACAGGUACAUGAGGAAAGACGAUUGUGUAAAGAAAAUAGUUCGUAUCAUUCGCGAGGCCGAGCCGCACGAAAGCCGAGAAGAUACGUCUGAUUCCGGCAUAGAUGGAGAAGAGAAGCGGUCAAGUCGCUGCGGGUUGCCAGCCGUGUGGGAUUAUGUCGAAAACAAAAAUUUACUUUUUUUGGCCGAUUUGCAUCGCCCAUUGCCAACAAACGAUCGGCUGAGAUUUGACUUCAUACAGCGAUCGAAUUACUUUUCUUUUUUCGGUGACCGCAUCGCCUGUGAAGAUGAAAUCCUGGAGGCAGUGACAGAUACCAGCCAAGCUGAAUGUACCGGCGUCACCGCCUGCAUUACCCAAGAGGUGCCUGGUAACUGGGAGCAGUCGGUACCACGGUCUCCGACUUUGCCGGACAAUUAUCAGGAGCAGGUCCAUACAGCUACACGCCACCUGCAGGAUCUUGAGGAGAGUUUGAAGUUACUAAAUGUGAAGAAAACAGAAACAGAGACGGAGCUCGGACAAUUGCAACAAGAAAUUGGGCAAAAUCGGAACAUGAAUGAGUCCCUUGCGCAGCAGCUAAGGCAUUUGCAAAACGAAGGAACCAAGCUUGAAACCACAAUUGGGAUGCUAAAGGCUGAAGAAGCCAGAAAGAGUAACAAUAUACAGCGGUUGGAGCAGAUAGAAUCAGACAUUAAUCACAGGAUCGAGGCUAGUCGUCUACAAAAUGAGCAGCUUUCCGGAGACGAAACGAAGCUCCGGACCACGAUAGCAGAGUUGGAAAGCAUGAAGGAAAAGAAUGUUCAAACAGCAAACCAACCAUUCACCACAACAAAAACCCAAGAGGUCCAACGUGAAUCUAAUCGGUUAUCCGGGACGACGGCUAGAGCCAAAGAACCUGAUUUAAAUUCAGGAGAAAUCUGCGUAAAAUUUAUGGUCAAGGAAUGGAUUGUUGCGCAUGAGCUUUGGGUCAACCGAUCUAAACCCUCAGAGUUCCAAAGAGUAGUACGAAAGUAUUUGAGAAAGGGGAUGGGCACUUUUGAUCGUGAGCAGCGGCAAUUAUCGCCAAUAAACUGCCUCAAUCUGCUCAUAGAGACGCAGCCGCCAUUCCAAGUUUAUCUUAAACCCAACUGGGAAGUGGAAAAGCUGGGAGGUCCUCGUCCCAAAGCGGCAAACAAAAACAUCAAAGACGGAUCGACAGCAAUGGUAAGCUCCCCCCGGCAGUGA